ACCGAUGUAUCAAAAACAUUGAUGUAUAGAAAAAAAUGAUCGAAAAACAUCCAUGCAAGCUUUCCGCUUGAUGUAUCGCAAAAUACAUCGAUGUAUAUUUGAAAUGAACACCUCUACCCCCCCCCCAAUUCGCUUUUCAGCAAUGCAAGGAUACGUAGCGACAUUGUAGCGACUUUUUUUACCGCUAUAUGGGAAUGGGGAUUUUCAUUCUUCUCUACCUGGCAACACUGAUUUUUCCAUUUUUGUAUGAUUUCUGUAUUUAUCGAUCUUCGAUGUGGUUUUGGGAUUUUGGGGUUUAUAAACAGUAUUUUAUACUUAGUUUAAGUAUUGUCCAUUUCAUAGUGUAAAAUACAUAAGACGUGAUUAAAAUCAAAUGAAAUGGAAGUAAAACAAGAAUAUGGUGAAGACGCCCGUAAAGCAGAAAUAUAUUCUAAUAACAUAGAUGACGAUGCUCUUUUAAAUACCCUUAAAUGUGAAAUUAAAAAGGAGCCCAGUAGAGAAAGUACAGAUGGCACUUUUGAUUAUUUAGACUUAAAAGAAUUCCCUAUAAAGACUGAAGCAAAAGAUGAAAGUGAACUUUGGCAAUUUGAAGAAAAACAAAAUAAUCAAAAGGAUAGCAGAAUAAAAGCUGAAAUUAAGGACGAGUUUGAUGAAGGUGAUCCAGGAGAUAUAGAGAGUCAGCUAUCGACAUCACUUGAUCUGGAAGUCUGUAAAAAUGAGUAUACCUCAGGUUUUUCUCAGAUGAAACUGUUGGAAAGGGAAGUUAUGAAAAGGAUUCCUGGAGAUUCAAAUAAUAAAAAACAACAAAUAAGUGUAAACCCUGAAGAAACAGCAUUAAAAAAUUAUAUUUGUGCUAACGAUUUCCCUGAUAAACAGAAUUUAAAGCAACAUACGGAAGGUUGGAUUGGAGAACGUCACGAAUGUGAUACGUGUUUCAAGCAGUUUAAUGAAGCACGUAAAUUGGAAAGACACUUAAAAGUGCACAUUGGAGAAAGAUCGCAUAAGUGUGAAAUUUGUUCUAAGGAGUUUACUACACCAAGUAAUUUGAAAAUACAUUUGAGAGUUCACACUGGCGAAAAACCUCACAAGUGUGAAAUUUGUUUCAAGCAAUUUAGUCAAGCAGUAAAUUUGAAAAAGCAUUUAAGGAUACACACUGGAGAUAAACCUUACAAGUGUGAAAUUUGUUCUAAGGAAUUUACUACAGGAAGUACUUUGAAAAUGCAUAUGAGAGUUCACACUGGCGAAAAACCUUACAAGUGUGAAAUUUGUUCUAAGCAAUUUAGUCAAGAGGGAAGUUUGAAAAAGCAUUUAAGGGUUCACACUGGAGAAAAGCCUUACAAGUGUGAAACUUGUUCUAAGCAGUUUAGUGCAGUUGGAGUUUUAAAAAGUCACACGCUAAUACACACUGGAGAAAAGCCUUACAAGUGUGAAAUUUGUUCUAAGGAAUUUACUACAGAAAAUAAUUUGAAAAUGCAUAUGAGAGUUCACACUGGCGAAAAACCUUAUAAGUGUGAAAUUUGUUUCAAGCAGUACUCUUAUUCAAUCGAUUUAAAAAGGCAUUUAAUAAGACACACUGGCGAGAAAUCUUAUAAGUGUGAACUUUGUUUUAAACAAUUUAGUGAUUCACGUAAUUUGAAAACACAUUUAAGGGUGCACACUGGAGAAAAACUUCACAAGUGUGAACUUUGCUUAAAGCAAUUUAAUGAAGCAGGGAUUUCUCAGAUGAAAUUAUUGGAAAUGGAAGUUAUGAAGAGGAUUCCUGAAGAUUCAAAUAAUAAAAAACAACAAAUAACUGUAAGCUCUGAAGAAACUGCAUUAAAAAAUUCUAUUUGUGCUAAAGAUUCCCCCAACAAAAAUAAUUUAAAUCAACAUACGAAAAGUUGGAUUGGAGAACCUCACGAAUGUGAAACGUGUUUCAAGCAGUUUAAUGAAACACGUAAAUUGAAAAGACAUUGUUUAAAAGUGCACAUUGGAGAAAGAUCGCAUAAGUGUGACAUUUGUUCUAAGGAGUUUACUACAACAAGUACUUUGAAAAUGCAUAUGAGAGUUCACACUGGCGAAAAACCUUAUAAGUGUGAAAUUUGUUCUAAGCAAUUUAGUCAAGAGGAAAGUUUGAAAAAGCAUUUAAGGGUACACACUGGAGAAAAGCCUUACCAGUGUGAAAUUUGUUCUAAGGAAUUUACUAUAGCAAGUGUUUUGAAGAAGCAUAUGAGAGUUCACACUGGCGAAAAACCUUACAAGUGUGAAAUUUGUUUCAAGCAAUAUUCUUAUUCAAACGAUUUAAAAAGACAUUUAAUAAGACACACUGGCGAGAAGCCUUAUAAGUGUGAACUUUGUUUUAAACAAUUUAGUGAGUCACGUUUUUUGAAAACACAUUUAAGAGUGCACACUGGAGAAAAACUCCACAAGUGUGAACUUUGUUUGAAGCAAUUUAAUGAAGCAGGUAAUUUGAAACAACAUACGAUAACGCACACUAUAGAAACCGCUUUCAAAUGUGAAGUUUGCUUUAAAACAUUUACUACGGCAGGUAAUUUGAAAAUACAUUUAAGGGUACACACUGGGGGAAAGGCAUACAGGUGUGACAUUUGCUCUGAGGAAUUUAAUCGAAAGACCCAUUUGAAAAUACAUUUAAGGGUACACACUGGAGAAAAGCCUUACCAGUGUGAAAUUUGUUCUAAGGAAUUUACUAUAGCAAGUGUUUUGAAGAAGCAUAUGAGAGUUCACACUGGCGAAAAACCUUACAAGUGUGAAAUUUGUUCUAAGCAAUUUAGUCAAGAGGGAAGUUUGAAAAAGCAUUUAAGGGUACACACUGGAGAAAAGCCUUACCAGUGUGAAAUUUGUUCUAAGGAAUUUACUAUAGCAAGUGUUUUGAAGAAGCAUAUGAGAGUUCACACUGGCGAAAAACCUUACAAGUGUGAAAUUUGUUUCAAGCAAUAUUCUUAUUCAAACGAUUUAAAAAGACAUUUAAUAAGACACACUGGCGAGAAGCCUUAUAAGUGUGAACUUUGUUUUAAACAAUUUAGUGAGUCACGUUUUUUGAAAACACAUUUAAGAGUGCACACUGGAGAAAAACUCCACAAGUGUGAACUUUGUUUGAAGCAAUUUAAUGAAGCAGGUAAUUUGAAACAACAUACGAUAACGCACACUAUAGAAACCGAUUUCAAAUGUGAAGUUUGCUUUAAAACAUUUACUACGGCAGGUAAUUUGAAAAUACAUUUAAGGGUACACACUGGGGGAAAGGCAUACAGGUGUGACAUUUGCUCUGAGGAAUUUAAUCGAAAUACCCAUUUGAAAAUACAUUUAAGGGUACACACUGGAGAAAAGCCUUACCAGUGUGAAAUUUGUUCUAAGGAAUUUACUAUAGCAAGUGUUUUGAAGAAGCAUAUGAGAGUUCACACUGGCGAAAAACCUUACAAGUGUGAAAUUUGUUUCAAGCAGUAUUCUUAUUCAACCGAUUUAAAAAGACAUUUAAUAAGACACACUGGCGAGAAACCUUAUAAGUGUGAACUUUGUUUUAAACAAUUUAGUGAUUCACGUAAUUUGAAAACACAUUUAAGGGUGCACAGCGGAGAAAAAUUUCACAAGUGUGAAAUUUGUUUUAAACAAUUUAGUGAUUCACGUUAUUUGAAAACACAUUUAAGAGGACACACUGGAGAAAAGCCCUACAAGUGUGAAGAUUGUUGUAAUCCAUUUAAUGAAGCAGAUACAUUGGAACCAAAUACUAUUCGCGUCGUGCGUGAUCGUGGUGGGGAUACACGAAACUAUACCAGCGUCCGUAGCGGCGAACUAUAACAACAUUGGCGAAUAAUGAUUGAAUAAUAAUUUGAUUCAAUAGAUAUUUCGCUUACCUUAUUAUUGCCGUUUUGAUUUCUAUUAUAUAUACACUCACCGGCACAAAAUUCCGCCACCCAAAAUGUUUGAUUAAAUUUGACAAUCUAUAACUUUCUUAUUUGUACUCCAAUUUUCAAGAUUUUUGCAUCAGUUUGUAGGUACAUACAUGUAUUGAUGUCGUUUGUUAUUAUUCCGGUAACAGAAAAUUUUGCUUAGAUGACAUUAUAUGGGGGUGAACUGAAGCGUUGUAUUUUCUGCUAACUUUAAAAAAUUCUGUGGAAAAAUUGGAGUGCUGAUUUUGUUUCAUACUUAUUUUGUAUUAUCCUGGGGGUAUCACUAAGGUUUUUGUUUUUUUUUUACUUAUCCGAAUAUCUGUUUUCUUGUAAAAGCUGCAAAUAAAAACACUUUUUUUUAAUGGCAUGGACUUUAUGUCAUUCAGCCAGUCACAACAUGAUUAUUAGUGUCAUGUAUAGUGUGUAUGUUCAGUAAGUUUAUAAGAUAGUUUCUGUCCUUGUGUGAUCGGUACUCACCGGAGGGGCCGCAGAGGUUUGGAUACAAUUACCGUCUCUUUGCAAAGACAAUGACGUCGACUUUGCAAAGUAACAAGACACUUAUUCCAAUAAAAACAUUGCUUUGAUGUUUUUUUAAUUAAAAAUAUCAAACGUACUAAAAUUAACAAAACAAAACAAUUCAAUAGCGGGUACAUAACUUGUUGCAGCAACGACUGCUCGCAAUCUAUUUGGCAUCGAGGCCUAGGAAGACGGCGAAUAACUUUUUUUUAAUUCUUCCCUUAAAUGCUCAAUAGAAUUGAGAUCUGGACUGCAUGCGGGCCAUUCUAAUCUUAUCAAUCCAACCUCUAUUUUAUGAGCCCAUCAGUGUUUUUAUUUACAAACAAUGGUACAGCUCUUACAAGAAAAGAGAUAUUCGGAUAAUUCUAAAAAUAAAAAAUUUCAGCGAUGCCUCCGGAAUAAUAUGACAGGAAUAUGAAACAAAAUCAACUCUUCCAUUUUUCCACAGAUUUUUUUAAACUUAGGACUUUUUUAAACUCCAGUCACAUCUGUAUAACGCCAUGCAAGCAAAAUUUUUGUUUUACCGGAAUAAUAACAACCGAUGUCAAUACAUGUACAGCUGGUUCCUAAAAAAACUGAUACGACUCUUAGUAAGAUUUGAUCAUUUUGAGCAGUGUAUUUGAUUGGUCUGACAUUAUAUUAUAUUUAUUAUGACAGACAAAUAAUAAAAUAAACAAACACCAAACAACUGAUCACAUAUAUGUUAAUUCAUAAAUUGUAAUAAUUAUUAAGUUCUUAAUUUUGAUAUUAUUUUGAAUUCCUGCAUUUUAUAAAGAGUAUAUAAAUGAUAGUUUUUACAUAAAAUAGGGUUGUUGUUAAUAUUUUUAUUAUUAAGGAAUAAAACUAACGACUUAACAAUAUAUUAAAGCAAGAAUUGCAACCAAAUUAAAAGAUAACUGGGCACUAUCAGAUUCAGCAAAACAUUUUAAUGUCCGACUGGUCUAUUAUUUGACAAAUAAUGACAUUAUUUCGAAGUCUAUUAAGUACGAUAUAACGCGCAAGGGCGUGUUAUUGAAGAAGAACGCCCUAGGGCGUUAAAUUUAAAUAACGAGUUAAAUACUGUCAAGUUGACAAAUAAAACUCUAAGUAAAACUGUGGUUACCACAAUUACGUUACGACUAUUUCUGGUAAAUGUACUUAUGUGAAAACUAAUUAAUUCAAAAUUCAUUCAAAUUUUUUGCAUAUAAAGAAUAAUUUAGUCGGACAUUAAACGUUAAAGGCACCACGGGUAUUAUAAUAAUAACGCUUUCGGUCAAAGUAUAUACUUCGGGCCGAAGGCCCUCUCUCUAUACACCAUUGACCUCAAGCGUUAUUAUCCUUAUAAUACCCUUGGUCCUUGGUACCUUAAUAACUAUAACAUAAACAGAACCACAGUUUUUCUAACAAUAUAAGAUGGAGGGAACAAGAAAUUCUCGAAAGAAAGCGAGGGUCAGGAUGACCAAAACUAUACUAAAUUUAGGUAUAUAAAAAUAAAAUUAAUAUUUUGUAAUAUCCAUCAGCAUUGAUAACAGCUUGUAGUUUUUUAUUAAUAUUAAAAACUGUUGUUCUACUUACGUAGAACGUGCGUAAAAUACUUACGUAAAAUGGUUCGCUACGGCAGAUAGUGACCAACCAUCUUCGUAUUUCGUUACAAUUCUUGCUUUUAGUUCUUUGCUGGCAUGUGGAGCCAUUUUUUGAGGUUGAACAGAAUAAGUUAUCUGACAAAUUUUAAAAUUUGGCAGUGACAGUGACAGUAUGUAAAUAAUAAGUAGGUUAUCCUUCAAAGUACACUGCUCAAUUUUCUACAAAAUACGCUUUAAGAGUCGUAUCAGUUUUUUUAGGAACCAGCUGUACCUACAAACUGGUGCAAGAACCUUAAAAAUCGGAGCACAAAUAAUAAAGUUAUAAAUUGUCAAACUUAAUCAAAAAUUUUUGGAUGGCGGAAUUUUGUGUCGGUUAGUGUAUUUUCAUACUGACUUUCUUUCCUUCCCCGAUCUGGUAGUAUAUUCCUAUGGUCAUAUAUUUCCAAUUUGUGUUACACACAAACACAAAAUUAAUAGUUCAAUAGACCCAGCUAAUGUUAAAAUCUGGUACUAAUAAUUCACACUGCCUAAUUGCUUUCGAUGUACACUUAAUUAUUGUUAACACCGACAACUAAAGUAGAAAGAAAAAGUGAAGAAAAACCCUUAAAAUUGAUAUUUUCUUCAGAGAACGUCCAAAUAUCCGCUUUUUAAUUUGACGUUUAUUUGACAUUCGAACGUAUUGUUUGUAUAACAAAUUUUAUAAAAAAUAGUAAAUAAAUAUUACAUAUUAGACAGAAAUCGCAAAGGUAAACGUUAAUACCGUGUCAAGACGUAAAUAACAGAUAACGGUCUAUUUCAACACAGGCAUCAAGAGAGUUAUCGCAAAUGUUAUGGGGCGGGAUUUAACGUUAUUAUGACAACCGACGUUUGGGAUUAAAUGUAACCUAGAAAUUGAUGUUGAGGAAUACUGUUAAUGUUUUUUUAUUGAAAAAUGAAUUUGGAUAUUGAGCAGGUUAACAUGCAUUUUAAUUGUAAUGAUUUAACCAACAAAAGAUAUAAAUAAUCAUUGUAAAAAUAAUAUAAAAUAAAUGAAUAACUAAUAUCCUAACCACAAAAAAUACUCUAUUGUAAACAAAAUGAGAACACACGGGUUUCUCAACACAGGAAACAAGAUGAUUCACAGUUUUUAGUUUAUAAAAUUUGUAUUCUAUAAAUUAUUUUUAUUUUUCAUCCCAAAUGUCAAAUUAGCGUUAACGUUAUUACCGUCCCUUAUUUCGACCUAAAUAGCGGGACACGUUAUCCGGUAUUAGCGUAACAUUCACUCUGCGCUUGCGUACAUGUCAAAAUAGCGUAUUCCGCUAUUAGCGUGCCGUAAAAAUGCCUCUGCGAUAUCUCUCUAUUAACGUCAAAUAUGUCAUAUAUGUGUAUCAUAUUAUGUUUAACGUCAAAUUAUGGUCGCCAAAAUUGUAAGGCGACUACGCUAGGUGUCGCGUCAGUCAUGCACGGAGCGAAUAGACUAUUAGAAUUAGUGACGAGUUAUAUGACGCCAUUAUUAUAUUUGGUGAGAUUGUAAAUGGUAACUGACGCCUGUAAUAAUAUUGGAGGUUAAAUAUAAUGUCAACUUAUUGUUUUCAAAUUAUAUUUUAUUUAUUUAGUU